AGUAAAUAAAACAACAAUGAGGGUAGAAGAGGAAACAAAUAUCGAAAGAUAGGUUUAACUUAGGCAUACCACUUUAAGUGGGUGGCAAUCGGACAAAAGUCCUUGCAACGGUCACUUUUUGAGCUUUUAAGUCUUCUCUCUUUUGCUUGAGAAACUGGAAAUAGACAAACUCAAAAGCUUUGAAGGAAACAGCACCCAGACAAAAAAAGAGUUAGAGCAAAGAUUAAAAAUGCAAAACCCAACCAUGAAUGAGCAAGAAGAGCAAGAGAGUCUUAUAAUUGCUACAGCGAGAGUGGUGGAGUAUUUGGAGCCAUUGAUGUCAAGAGAGCUGCUUUGCAAGUUCCCAGACAACUCUGCCUUUGAUUUCGACUACACCCAAAGCUCGCUUUGGUCUCCUUUGGUCCCUCGUGCUUACAGCCCUGAAGAUUUGGCUUUUGAUCCGAUUACACCUAGGAAGCUCGCUUUUGAGUUUGGGUUUGGGUUGGAGUUGGCGAAAAGCAAGAAUAGUGGCAAGAAAUCCAUACCCAACAUCAAGAAGAAGAUAGGCACCGCUGUACUUAACAUCAAUCUUUUGAGGAACAAAAACAAGAAAAGGAAGAAAAGGACUUCUGAGUUUUCUCCAACUCCUAUCAAGGGCAGCUGUGCCUCCAUUAUUACUAAGGGGUGGAGUCAGAUGCUGAAGGCUUCCUCGAAGCAUUUCAAGAGAAAGAAGAAAGACUCAACGGUCCACCACGUGAAGCUUCCCAACUAUUUGAUGAGGGAUUCAAACAUUUGAAGACCAUCAAGUUAUGUUAUUCAUUUUUUAAGUUUAGAUAAAUCAUGCAUAUAUUCCGGCAUGCAUUCUUAUUCGCCUCAUUCUUUUCAAUUCUAAAACAAAGGCAACAUUUUGAAGACAUGAGUAAUUUCAAGCAUGUAAUCGGUUGUCAUUUGCUUUACUUCAGUACUUUUGUUAUGCUUUAUACCUUUCAAUUGGUUUUAGUUCAGAAGAAGCCCUGGACAAUUGAUUAUUUCUGACUUUCUUCAAU